AUGGUGGCGAGGAAUGUCGUAGAAAAGGCCAUCAGGGCUUUCGUUAUAGGCGUAAUUUCGUGUACGGAACACCUAAGGAGUGCUCAAGAAAUUCCUGAGUCCACGGACUCAGCUGAGUGCAAGGAUGCUCAACAUCCCGUUACCUUACGAAUCGAUUAUAAGACGCUAAAAGCUCCUAUCCGCUGUGGUACUGGCUUCACAUUCUUGUGGCCAGAUGGCUCUUCCAGCGCGGCUGACACGCUCACCAGAUUUUGCGAGGACGCUGAAUGCAGCUCGACGGGAGAACUGUCGACCUUUGGUUCAAAAUCAUCGCUGACGAAGGACAGCAACGCCAGAGAAUCGAGUCUCUCGUAUACGUUGGCGCUGGAAACUCUGCCCGAGGAAGAAAAAUCGAUUCACUUCAAAUGCGCGCGCGAGAAGUACACUACAAGAAAGGCAGAGGAGAAUAACUCAUGUCUGUUAACAGUCGUCGUGCCAUCGAAAUCGAAACCAACUGAAGAGACGUGUGACUCGAAGAAACAAAGUCUCGACCUGGCUAUCUCUGCCGCUGGCGGAAGUGUGACCUUCGCUUGUGGCGUGGAGAACAGCAACCUCCUCCCCACAGAGAAACGCGUCUUCAGUGAAGAUUGCCAGACCGACCAGGCCCUCGACGCUGGGAUUCCUUCAGCCAAGCUGUCGUCGACGGAAGGUGCUCAUACCUUGUCGGUGCCAGAGUUGCCAAAGGCGGGCACCACAAUCUGUUACAAGUGUGUGGACAAAGCAGACAAGGUGACCAAACAAUGCAGUGUCAAAGUCCGCGUUAGCGGUGCGGAGAGCUCACGUGCCAGCAUUCGAACGGCCUAUGGAUGUGUUUUCAGUGGAUCAAUUGCGAGUCUUUAUCUUGCGGCAUACUAUGCAUAUUGA